AGAGGCAAGCCUCCCUGUGCGAGGGUCCUAGCGCCGUCCGUGUUCUCGGUGGCACAGCCAGCCGGAAGUCACGUGGCGCCCUGGCCACGCCAGGGAUUGGCUGGGCUGGAUUAGCAGAGGCCGUGAUUGCUGCAGUGUCUGGCAGGUCUGCUGUUUCCGAUGGGUCUCCUUCCCUGUGCUUCCCUCUGAAGAAGAGGAGGAAGAGGAGGAGGAGGAGGCCUGCUCUCUCUGGGACCCAGUGACCACAUCCCAUCAGGAACCCUGAGUGUCCACGGCACAUUUCGUCAGCAUGGAGUUCUGAGGUCCAUGUGGCUCCUUGCUGCGCACCAGGUGCUAAGGAAAAUGCAGAGACGCCACAGUAGCAACACGGACAACAUUCCACCUGAAAGAAGUCGCAGCCAGGCGCUCAGCCCCGAGGCCAGCGUGGAUGAGGGUGGUGUAUUUGAGAGUCUGAAGGCAGAGACGGCCUCCCCUCCUGCGCUUUUCUCAGGCCUGGCAGGUAGCCUGCCUGCCAGCCCCUUCCCAGCAGGCCUGGUGCUGGGCUCCACAGCGGGUGGCGGGGAUGUCUUCAUCCCCAUGCCAGCCACCAGGGAUGAGGCUGGUGGCCGCAGCGCUGAAGGAAGCACCUACCACCACCGCCAGGCCCACCACCACUUCCACCAUGGUGCCCACCGCAGUGGCUCCCUGCUGCAGCACGUGGGUGGGGACCACCGUGGACACUCAGAGGAAGGGGUCGACGAGCAGCCCGGAACUCCAGCACCCGCACUGUCUGAGCUGAAGGCUGUGAUCUGCUGGCUUCAGAAAGGACUGCCCUUUAUCCUCAUCCUGCUGGCCAAACUGUGCUUCCAGCACAAGCUGGGCAUUGCUGUGUGCAUCGGGAUGGCCAGCACCUUUGCCUACGCCAACUCCACCCUCCGGGAGCAGGUGUCCUUGAAGGAGAAGAGGUCGGUUCUGGUCAUCUUGUGGAUUCUGGCCUUCCUGGCAGGGAAUACCCUGUACGUCCUUUAUACCUUCAGCUCCCAGCAGCUCUACAGCAGCCUCAUAUUCCUGAAGCCCAACCUGGAGACCCUGGACUUCUUUGACCUGCUGUGGAUCGUGGGGAUCGCCGACUUUGUACUGAAGUAUAUCACCAUCGCCCUCAAGUGCCUCAUCGUGGCCCUGCCCAAGAUCAUCCUGGCUGUCAAAUCCAAGGGAAAGUUUUAUCUGGUCAUCGAGGAGCUGAGCCAGCUGUUCAGGUCGCUUGUCCCCAUCCAGCUGUGGUACAAGUACAUCAUGGGGGACGACUCCUCCAACAGCUACUUCCUGGGAGGAGUCCUGAUCGUCCUCUACGGUCUCUGCAAGUCGUUCGACAUCUGCGGUCGCGUGGGCGGACUCAGGAAAGCAUUGAAGCUCCUUUGCACCUCACAGAAUUACGGGGUCCGAGCCACAGGGCAACAGUGCACGGAGGCUGGCGCCGUCUGCGCCAUCUGCCAAGCUGAGUUCCGAGAUCCCAUGAUUCUCCUGUGCCAGCACGUGUUCUGUGAGGAGUGCCUCUGCCUGUGGCUAGACAGGGAACGCACCUGCCCGCUCUGCCGCUCGGUUGCCGUGGAUACCCUGCGAUGCUGGAAGGACGGGGCCACGUCUGCACACUUGCAGGUGUACUGAGCUAAACACGAGUGUCUGGGGAGCCCAACCCCGAGGAUGCCUGGGAAACAGCCUCCAGGACUUUCUCCUGCCUCCCACCACCUCUACCUGAUGACCCCAGGGCCUCCACACCAACAUUUCCUCAGCGCCCUGGUACAGUGUGUGCAUCCUACCUCACCAGAAAGGGGAGCCCUCCUCACUCAGACUUGGCUCCCCCACAGGUAGGUGAUCCGCCCCCUCUAAGUGGAGGAGUUACCCAUACACAGUCUCCCCUCAUUUAACCUGCUUCCAGCCGCUGGUGCUCAAUGCUACGAACUAGUAUGAGCUCAGAGAGUAUAGUCUGACCCAGGUCUGCACACAGGAGCCGCUGGGAGAACGUCCAACAUGUGAGCACCAGGCUUCACCCACCUAGCUGACCUUCGAAACAGCAGGAUGCACCAAGCAUCCUGCUCAUGCCGCCUCCUGGCAUCUCCACAUCAGCCCUAGGGUGGGGGUACUCUCUCUCUCACACACCAUUGGCAGAUGAGAAGCUUGGUGUGGCCGCCCAGCUAGUAAGGGGCCGAUGCGUCUCCAGCGCUGCCUGGUGCUGUUGCUGCAAGUGCCCCUCGCUGGCUGAGCAUCCGUGGCCUGGGCAUACAGCACAUCAGAGACAGACUGCUCUGAGCAUGCAGGCAGCGAGGUCAAAUGGCAGGAGCCAUGGACAGACUGCACCUUUGUGAUUCCUUUUCUCCCGGGAUCCGCCUGGGACAGUCAGUCUCAGAAGGGUCAGCUCUGGUCCAGAGUGCAUGCCACCUGCCUUCUCUCUUUCUUCUGUCCUUAUUCUCUUCUACAUUGUCCCUCACUGACAGCUCAGGCCUGUGCAGAGCUGUGGACAUGGCUGCCUCCCCCUGGGAGGCUUCAAUCCAUGUCAUAAGUGGCACACGGCUCCUCCGGAGCGAUCCAUGUCCUCCCUACCCCCUCUAGUGAGGUAAUUAGCUCGGAGAAACAACAGUCCUUCCAGAGUCUCUGAAAACACGGCUUUAUAUCUUUAACUAACCACCCGAGCAAGCGAGCGGGAACGCUGGGAGCAGAUCGCAGGUGUGCUUUCACAUCCUUCGGUCUCUAGGACACAGCUGCUUCUCCCCCCGGGGAAACUCUCUGAUUGGAAACCUGGGACGAAAUAGCACAGGUGACCGCACAGAAGCCUCUGGAAUUCUGCCUGCCUCCACCGGCUCCCAACUCGGUUCUCUCACAGCCAGCAUCCGCACAACAGGCUGGCCCAAGCCACGUUUGAGAUUAGCACCGAGGGGGUUGGGGAAGGGAGAAGGGAGCCUCUGUAGAUUCAGGGUGCUCUCUCCUCCCCUUUGUAGAUUUAGGACCCAUGCCUUGGGCACCCCUGCUGGGACUGCUUCCUCUGCUUGGUCUCCGGGGCACUUUCCUGGUACCAGUAACACACCCACCCUUUCCAGGGGACCAGGGCAUCCUUCAAGCUUUGUUACUAUGGCAAUGGCCAUGAUGUUAAGCAAUCCCACUGCCUGGAUGUCCUAAGAGGGAAGGGAGGAUGGGCCCUUCUGUCCUCUCUGGUUUGAGGGGGUACCCAGGAGAGUGGUGGGACUGCCUGCAACUGGUUUUUAUCAGAGAGAUUGCUUUGCCUGAGAUGCUGUCAGCAUUGUGGAGGGGUGGGAGCUGCAGGAGGUGCACAGAAGUGUAGGGUGGGAUGGAUCAGAGGCAGCCACUGGGAGUCGGGCUUGGAAACCUGACUCCAAACUUUGUGAUGUCCCUAUACCCUGUAUCCCCCCCACCCUCCGUGGAGCUACAAAACCUAGUGUGUUCCUUGCUGGGACCGAGAAAACUAACAACAGGACUGAAGAUGUAGGUCAGUCGGUAGAGCACUUGCCUAGUGUGCAGGAAGCCCUGAGUUCCGUGGCCAGCACCACAUGAACUAGGCAUGGCAGUGCACACCUGAAUUGGCAGCGCUGGGUGGGAGAGGCAGGAGGAUUGGAAGGACAAGAUCAUUCCUUGGCCACAUAGUGAGUCCCAGGGUAGCCUGGGCUCCGUGAGACUCCAUUUUAAAAGGGAGAACAGGUGAACUAACAGUGUGGGUUACUGGAGAGUGUGCCAAGGGUUUUGCACCCCCCUCCAUUACUUCUCUGACAUCUUGUAAAUAUAUACCAUAUCCCUACCACACAUGGAGCAUCCCCUGGGACAGUGAGAUGCUCUUCAGUUCCCAUCCUUCCAGGGAACACCUCAGCUGGCCAGUGGGGUUCGUCCAGUUUAGAGGGCUCAGGCAGUUUCCUAGACAGCAGGCUGUGGGAAAGUGUCCCCUGCAGUGACAUAUCAGUCCUUUGCUUUGAGCAGGUCAGUGGAGCAUCAGGGGCCAGAUCUGGCUCCCGGUAUAUUGUGGGUCACAGACUCAAAUCCCUCUGAGUCCUCCAAGUCUUGUGUGUGUGAGGACCUGAGAUUAACAAGGUAGGGGAGGCUGGUAAGAGGGCGGGGGGUUUAGAGUGCUUGGCUUGCGUCUUUAAGAGGACCCAGGACUCACACCAAAGGGCUCACAACUCCAGCUCCAGGGACACACACAUCAUUUAAAACAGAAAUCUUCAAGAACCAUGUGGGAAGAAGAAAGGCCUGCUUUGGACCCGAGCCUAACAGGCCCAGCGCUUUCCAAAAGAGAACAGCACAGGUACAGAGCCUUGGGACCAUUCCCCCUGCUGAAGCGGAAGUGGGCAGCGGCCUGAGGUCCUCUGCUUUUGCUUUGGGACAUGUCUUUGGUGUCUUUGAGAACCUUCCACCAAUAAACCUCCCCCAUGGAUGUAACUUG